GAGUUAUUGUGCUGGCAGGUGUGGUGGUGAAGGUGUGUGAAGCAUAGUCCUGUUUCAGAGUUUUCUAUCCACACACACACUCCCUUCAGAGGACUGGGUGAGAACAGUGCUGCCCAGGUGUGAAGAGCGAGAGGAGGGUCGUCCCCAUUACCAGGAGAGAGAUGCCUUUUGCCAGAGUGAUGCCUCAGAGUGAGGUCACCCCUUCACCCACCUCACGGAGAUGUGGGUCGGCGGAGGUGUUACAGUCCAUCACGUGUGUAGUGUUGAGUCUACUGUCCCUGGCGGCUGUGGUGGUGCCCGUGACUCGGUGUUACUGGUAUGACAACCUCCUGGACCUGUGGCUCGUCAUUCACGGUGUGAGCUCGCUGGGGGCUCUGGUGGGGAUCCUGGCAUGGAGGGCCAAGUUAGCUCACGGGAGACUGUUAGACGGACCUCUCAUCCUCGCUGUCACCCUCCUCGUCAUCAACUUCAUCUGGCUUGUCCUCGGGAACGUGGCGGUGGCUGGAGCCUACCUUGCUUGCCAGAGUUCAUCAGCUAGUAACAUAUACGUCCAGGAGUGUAACUACCCCUUCCUACACUUCGCUCUGGCCGUGGUUGUGGUGUUCGACGUCUUCUACGCCUUCUUCUUCCUGGCGCUGUCCAUCGCCGCCUGCAUCACUAAGAACAAGACGGAAGAGUUGAACCUUGAGGACAACACCUACAAGUUCCCUUACUGCUGUCUCCCCGGGCGGACCUACCGACUCAGCUGGCAGGAGUGGGUGGGUGUCAUCUGCGUGGUACUGUACGUGUUGCUUGCCAUAGCUAGUAUAGUCAUGGGCUCUCUCUACCUACGCCCCUGCAACGACCUCGAGUGGAUAUCAAUUUGGCUUAUCGUCUUCGGUACCGUGAUGCUGGUGACAGUAAUGAAGGUGUGUUGGUACCUGAUCUUCCCCAAAUGGAUUGCUAUCUCGUGGCCACCAGCUUCCAUAGUUAUCUUCACUCCCGUUGUCGCUCUUAUCAUCUUCCAGUUCGCCUGGAUUGGUGUCGGUAACGUCUGGUUGGUGGAGAGACGAAGCUUCUGCCCCGGUGAUUCUUGCAACAUCUCCCUCCACAUCUUCUCCCUCGCCGUCAUCGUCCUCCUUGACCUGCCCUUCCUCGUCCUGGUCUACGUGGCUACCAUCUUCGUCGUUCUCAUGCUGAUCCUCCUCCUCGUCACCAGCUGUUAUUAUUGUUGCAAGAAAGUGAAGAAUGACACUGGUGGUUCAAACAACAAUGACAAGAAAGUAAAGAAUAAUGAUACUUCAAGUGACAGCAGCAGCGAUGAUGAAGAAAAGAAGACCGAGUAGAGAAUGGUGUAUAGUGGUGGUGAUGGUGAUAAUGGUGAUGGUGGUAGUGAAGAUGGUGAUGGUGGUGAUUGGUGACGGUG